AUGCGGAGUUGUGGAAAGUCACGGUCUCCACCUGGUUUCAAUUACCCAGUCGCGCAGGCAAGUGAAGUGGCGAUCGCGGUUGAAAUAAAUUGGCAGCAACGGUGUGGGGUAAGCUUAAUUAUCGUGAAUGCGAUCAGUAAGCGACUGUAUGGGAUGCUUGGCGAUGGAAAGCGUGAUGUUUGGGGCCGUGGUCGGAGCUUCCGAUGCGAUGGGGAGAGCGGGUACUUUCAGGGACGAGGGAGUCAAAGAAAGCGAGUAUAG